AUGGCCUUCAAUGUUGCAAUUUGGCAUGCCAAGUUUGCCUCAAGACUUGCAGGAAAGGAAAAAAGCAAAAGAUGUCCACAGGAGCCUGAAAUUUGCUGCUGGCAUUUUCAAGCACCUCAAGUGACGAUUGCCAGAGCGAUUGAACUCAAGCAUAACGCCACUCUCAUUGCAGCCUUGGCCUUCGAGACCGCAAACUUCUACCAGAAAGCUGACCACACACUGAACACCCUGGAACCAGAGUGCAGCAGUAAGUGGAGGAAUUACCUCCAGCUGAAACAGCACUUCUACAUGGCCUAUGCAUAUUGCUACCAUGGACAAACUCUCCUCGCGAGCGACAAGUGUGGCGAGUCAAUAAAAUCGCUCCAAGAAGCAGAAAAGUGCUACUCCAGAGCCGAGGCUCUGUGCAAAGAGUACCGUCAGACCAAAGGGCCGGGUAGCACAGCCAAGCCCUCUGAGCAGCUCUUCUUCACCAUGCUGGGCCUGAUCAAAAAUACAUUGCAAAAGUGGAGAGAAAAUGGAUUCAUAUACUUUCACAAGGUCCCAGCCGAGGUGCCCCAGCUAGAGCUGAAGGCUAGCUAUGGCCUGGCCGAGCCAAUAUCCUUUGAGUUCCCAGCCGUCAGCGAGCAGUGCACCCCUGAAGUCUACACCACUUUUGACCUCACCAAGGGGGCCAAAGCUGAGAAGGCCAAACCCAAGCAGGAAGAAGAGGUUAAGCCAAUGAAGGAACCAGAUUUGAAGCCUCAGAAAGAUACAGGCUGCGUCAUAUCAUAAACAGAGGGGGGGGGGGGGUGACAAGAAAAACAUGACUGCAUGGAUUUAUUGAUGCAUUGGUUUGUUUUAUCUGUACUGUUUUAUGAUCAGUGAUUUACAGUAGCAUGACCAUCUGUUGUAGUGCAUUUUAUACAUAGUUGUUUUCUAUUUUUUUAUGUUCAUGAUCAAAUAUUAUUGGGCCAGACUUUAUAUUUGAAAUGUUCUCUCACUAGUCCUGUUGGGGAUUUUGGAUAUUUAUUUUUUUGCUGUCAUUUAAGAAACGGACAAUUAAUAUAGCAAGAACUUAUGACACUCCACGAUGAUUAUCCAAUCAUUUGUAUGUUUUCAAUUUAAUUUUUCAAUCGCUGAGAUUCUCUAAUUGAAUCAGUUUUUUUGCAAGUGAAAGGACACUGUACACACAGGAUCACAUUAUUCAUACCCAAGGCUAGUCAUUAUUGGGUAUGGCCUGUAUUUAUGAUAAUAACCAUUGUUUAAUAUUCCCCUCUUUAUUGGAGACUUGAGGAAUAGGCGGUGCUUGUAUUGGGUCAAAAUAACCUGAACAAGGCUGGCUGUUCAGUAGGAACAUGGAAUAUCAUCUUGGAAGUUCUCAGGAAAGCUCGAUGUUCUAAAUAUAAAUGUCAUGCAUGACGGCUCUGCAUGAGAGAGGAGCAGGCCUGUUUUACACAAAAUCUUUGAACGUUCCAUAACAUUGUGCCCUAUGGAAGGUGAUGUAGGUCUUCCUGACACUCAGAAAUGUGUUGUAAAAAAAACUCUUGACUAGUGGCCAUGGUUGCUGGUCUAAAAGAUUAACUUCCAGUGAAACUGGAGGGCGCGCAAUUCAAAAUAUUUUUCCUCUGGCACAGGUUUCAUAUGUUCACAUAUAACGAUGAAAUAUUCACUUACUUUUUGAAAAUCAUCCUCUGAUUUGUCAUCUAAAGGGUCCCUCUAUAACAUGUAGUGUCAUUUUGUUAGAUAAUAUCCUUCUUUAUAUCCCAAAAAGUCAGUUUAGUUGGCGCCAUCGAUUUGAGUAAUCCACUCGUUCAACUUGUAGAGAAAAGAAUCUGAAAAUCUACCCCUAAACUUCGUUUCAACAAGUCAAAAUAUGUUCUAUUUACUCAUUAGAUACCGUAAAAUGUAAUCAAACUAUAAUAUUUAUUUCGGAAAGAAGUAUGUUCAAUAGGAAACCGGUUUUAGCAGGUGUGUAAUGUCUUCAUGGUGCGCCCAAACACAAAUUUCCAAGACGUGUCCUUCUAAAACUGAUAUUUCUCAUUUGUUUUUAGUUACAAGCCUGAAACCUUGAAUGUAAACUGCUGACACCCUGUGGAAGCCAUAGGAAUUGCAUCCAGGGAGCUAAUAUUCAAUAUGACCUUU